CCUCCCUUUUAUGAAGCUAUAAAGGCUCCUGCAGCUCUUCCAUGAUAAAGAAAGAGGCAACAACAUUGUGUGGAAGAAGCUCAAGAAGCCCAGGCAUCCAGUCUCCCACCCCGCUAGGCUCCAGAUUCUUUCCAAGAACACAUGCGUCUUGGCCACAUUUGGGAUCCAAGCGUCUUUUUUACCAGCCACAAAGAGGCAGAUCAAGAUGCAGAAAAGAAACAUUUGCCUUAUGUCCUGGUUGCUGUUGCAUCUCCUACUUUUGGAAUAUGGCAUAACCUCCAUUAGUGGGAGCACACCUAGCCCAACUUCCAGUGAACCCACCACAGCCAACACUGGAUCCAGUGCAACCUCCAGUGGGACUAGGACAGCCUCCAACACUAUAGCCAGCACGACCUAUGGUGGUACCAGCACAGCCACCAACUCUGGAUCCCAAGUGACCUCCAGUGGAUCCAGCACAACCUCCAAUACUGAAACCAGCAUGACCUCUGGAGGGACCAGCGCAACUUCCAAUACUGGAUCCAGCCUGACCUCUGGAGGAACCAGCACACCUGUCAACACUGGAUCCAGCGCAACCUCUGGGGGGACCAGCACAGCCUCCAAUACUGGAUCCAGCCUGACCUCUGGAGGGACCAGCACAACCUCCAAUACUGGAUCUAGUCUGACCUCUGGAGGGACCAGCACAGCCUCCAAUACUGGAUCCAGCACAACCCCUGGGGGGACCAGUACAGCCUCCAAUACUGGAUCCAGCCUGACCUCUGGAGGGAGCAGCGCAACCUCCAACACUGGAUCCAGCACAACCCUUGGGGGGACCAGUACAGCCUCCAAUACUGGACCCAGCAUAACCUCUGGAGGGACCAGCGCAACUUCCAAUACUGGAUCCAGCCUGACCUCUGGAGGGACCAGCACACCUGUCAACACUGGAUCCAGCGCAACCUCUGGAGGGACCAGCACAACCUCCAAUACUGGAUCUAGCCUGACCUCUGGAGGGACCAGCGCAACCUCCAACACUGGAUCCAGCACAACCCCUGGGGGGACCAGUACAGCCUUCAAUACUGGAUCCAGCGUGACCUCUGGUGAGACCAGCACACCUGCCAAUAUUGGUUCCAGUAUGACCUCCAGUGAGACCAGCAUAACCUCCAGUACUGGAUCCAGCACAACCUCCAGUGGGACCACCACGGCCUCCAACACUGGACCCAGUGCAACUGCAGGAGGCUCUGGUACACCCUUGACAAUUGGAAUAAUCACAACUUCCAACAGUACUAACACAAGUGCUGGAACUACAGUGAAUGAAGGGCCCGGUGGGUCCCUGAAGCCAUGGGAAAUCUUCCUCAUCUCUCUGGUCUCGGUUACAGUGGCUGUGGGAUUCUUUGUUGGGCUCUACUUCUGUGUGGUGAGUGCCUAAUAUAUAGGAAAUUGCCUGGGGGGAAGGAAUAGGGAACAUAGGGAAAUAAGGUAUGAAUAGUAGGGCCACCAAGUUAGGGAUGAGUAGGGAGGAAGGAAAAAUCAGGAGAAAGUUACGAAAGAGACAUAGCAAGUUAGAACCAGAGGAGCCAAUCAAUGUGCAGAGGAAGCCAUUGACUUGUGGGAAAGGGGAGCAAAAGAAGAAAUAAAGACUGGUGGAAGGACUGCUGAAUGAGGGAAAUGGUUUAAAGGGGGAGAAGAUUCCAGAAGGAGUCCCUGGUGAAGGCUUCUCGGGAGUGGGGGGGAAUCCAAUUCUGAAACGAUUCUGCCUUCUUUUUCUAGAGAAACUCCCUGUCCCUGAGAAAUGUCUUUGACACAGCUGUCUAUCCACUCCAUGGCCCAAACCUCGGCCCAGGCCCUGGAGGGAAUCACACAGUCCACCACCGGUCUAGGUGGAGCCCUAAUGGAUUCUGGAGGAGACCGGUAUCCUCAGUGGCCAUGGAGCUGAGAGAGAGCCACAAUGGGCUCUAAGUGGCUGCUGAAGCCAGAGAGCCACAUUUCUCACAGAGGAAGCCAGCCUGGGGGACCAGAGAUCUGAGUGUCCUUUCAUUCGUCCCCAGGAGUCCCCUCCCAGCUUUGUUUGGGUCUCUGCCAGUAUUGGGAAAGACACUUCCUCCCUCUCUCUUGCUUUUGCCAGACACUGGAAAGAGGAGACUCUGCUGGUCAUUUAGCUAAGAAAUAAACACAUACAAACUGUAUCACAGAGAGAA